CACAUUCCGGUGUCCUUUACCUCUUCCUGUUCAUUACACACUCGAUUUCAGAGGAUCAAGAUGUCUGUACUUCUGCGGGGAAUCGCUCGUGUCCGGGCCGCUCCGGUUCUGCGGGGAUCAGCCAUCACCCAGCGAGCCAACCUCACCACGCGCCCUGCUAAGGAUAGCUUUGGGCCCGUUGAGACAAUAAUUGGUCUGACUGUAUUUUCCAUUACCAUCCUGGUACCAUCUGGGUGGGUUCUGACCAACCUGGAAAACUACAAAAAGAAGGGCACUGCUGAGUCUGAGUGAUCCACCGGUCAUGGACUGAAAUCAGUUUUUGUCUGGUUUUAGUGCUUUUAACAACUUGGGACCACCAUCUUACCUAAACAGCGGAACAAUUUCUCUCCCUUGAGCCACCCUGCGACCUCUCCACGCGACCGUUUACUUUCCUCCAAACACUCCGGUCUUUGUUAGACUGAGCUGUUUACUCAACUGUGUAAUAACAUGUAACCAUGGGUGAUUCAGUUCUCCUUAACUGGAGCUGUUACAUUUGAAAUAAACAGUUAUUUUAAUCUUAAA